AUGAAGGGCCUCAUUGAGGCCUAUGACGCACGCAGCUACAACGAAUUCUAUAUGGCAACAAUGUCUUGCGAAGACCGUGAUGACAUAUAUGACGAAUAUGGCCCUCAAUGGAAAGAGACCGCAGAGCACUCCAUCAACAAUUACAUCGCCGGUGUGCUAUCGAAACAACUCGCCAUGCGAUUUGAAGAAAUACUUAUGACCAACUAUCACAACAGACAAUGUCAACACCCGGCUAACACCUUAGACGGAGAACAUUGGCUGGACCUACUUAUGUCCACAAACAAGAUUAACAAGCAAAAGUUUCUCACCGAUUUAACACUGGUCAUGAACAAA